AUGUCUAUCCUCGCGCUCCCGACGGAACUCGUCGAGGAGAUCCUCAUCUCAACCGCGGAAGAAGGAUUCCCACUCGCCAUCUCCGCCUUCGCCCAGACAUGCAAGGCCACCCGUUCGACGGUCUAUCAAACGGAUGACAAUCACCUAUGGAGAAGCGUCUUCCUGACGACCUUUGACGACCCUCGCGGCUCGGGUGGAGGACCCGGGUGGACGGCGUGUAUGGAGUCGGCGGGCGCAGAUGCGGAUGAGUUUGAGUGGGGUACGCACUUUAGACGUCGGAUCUGGGCAGCAAACCACUUCCGAAGACAUGUCGGGGCUCUACCCUCAAACCCUCAGCACGCAGACGACGUCGACGUCCUGCAAAAUGUCCGCGUCUUCGACUCUUUGCUCUCCGUCAUCAAGACCGCCCUCCCCUGCCCCCCGACCAUCGUGCUCUCCUUCCCCACCCCACCCGACGCCGCCGACCCACCCACAGUUCCUGCCUCGUGCUACCCCACAUUCCCACCCUUGCCUCAUGCUCUCAGCAACAUAUCCCCUACCGGCGGCCCCACCACCUCCGGCCGCUCGUUCGGUGCGGCCCUCCGCGCGAAGAACACAGUGUGGGUCGAGUCCCUCCUCGCGAACGGCUACCCGUCGCGCAUCAGCGCGCUCUUCUCCGGCGAUAGGUGGCACGGCGGUCUCAUGGGCCAGGAGCUGCCCGAGCAUGAAUUCCGGGAGAUGCAACUUGCAGGACACCUCAUCGCCUGCACCGGCUUCGUUCCCGCCCCCUCCCCACAGAAGCCCUCGCCGUCUCCCGCGUCCCCCACGUCCUCCCCCGCUGCUUCGACGGACUCAGCCACGCCGCCUUCGUCCUCCUCAGCUGAAGAUGAAGCGGACGCGGAAGAUGACCACAUGAGCAAGGAGCGGCAGCUGAAGCGGGCGCGGCGACUCGCGCGUAAGCGCGUCUACAACAUGCACUACCUUUCGUCCGCCCGGCAUUGGGGCCCGUACCUGCGCGUCCCAUCGAACCGAGAAGUGGGCGCCGCGGACGGUGAGGACUUCCUCCAGCACAUCCUCGCGCUUUUCCAGGUGCAGCCUGGGCCGCCGCCGCAGCAUGGAGAGGCCGAUGAAGAUGACGAAGACGACCAGGCGACACUGGGAGAUAAUGAUGACGGCGACGACGACGACGACGACGACGAUCCGAAUUAUGACCCAGAGAAGGACGAUACCCAUGUGGCCGGAGAAGAGUCAGAGACGUCGACCGCGGGCGGAGUGGACGAGGACGAGGAAGAACAAGUCGAGCCUGGGACGCCGCCGCCGCCCACGCAGCUCCGCGCAGACUGGGCGUACCUUGCCGCGGUGCGUGUGGUGGUCGAGGCGAACCUCCGGGAGUCGGUUGGGAGCGGACACGACUUGCGCGGCCUGUUCUCGCUCGACGGGCUUCGGCCAGGGAGCGCGCCGUGGGACGCGGCUUGGUACAAGCAACACUCGGACGCAGACGCGAUCACGAAGGCGGCGAGCGUCCUAAAAGGGAAGGGCAAGCACAAGGAGGAUGCUGAGGUCACCGGGUGGGAUUGGGCUGGGGUCACCGGGAUCUGGAAACGUUGCGUUUGCUGGAUGGAUUACCGGCAUUUGAUCUGUAUGUCUCAUCCCUACCAACGGUCCGGUGAAUUUGAGGACCCGCGCUUGCAAGAGGCCGUCCGGAUCAUCACCAUGCGCCUGCGCGUCAAGUCGUACUCCCCUGCGGACAACCCAGACUUUGCGCACCUGCCCAACAUCCACGUAGAAGGCGAGACGCUAGGCUCCCUUCCGGGGCCUCCGCGUCAGAUGGAGGGGACAGUCUCCGUCAUCGCGGACGGCAGCGUGCGCUGGCAGCUCUAUUCAAGCGUCGAAGGCGCGCGGAGCUACGAGUGGGUCUCGGAGGGCGUCCAAUUGGGCGGAGUGGCGUCGGCGAUGGGCGUUCUGGGGAUGUGGACGGGGGCGCAGCACGAGCGCAUGGAUCCGCUUGGUGAGUGCCCGGUCUGGACGACGUGUUUUUUCCUUAUUUAUGCGUGUCUUAGGGCCUUCGUGGGCAUGGAAAGUGGGCUGAGAGCAUCUUCCCGACCGGUGCUUUUGCUUUGCACACGACUAUGUAUCGACAUGCUUAUUCAUCGCGUGAUCUGCACAUACGAAGUGAGGUUACUUCGUAUAUCUCCAUCGGCGACGCUUCUACUUGAACCCGCAUUCCAGCAGUACCAUGCAUGUUUGUACGCCCUGGAACAUACGUUCGACGCCUGGCUUGUCCUGCAGCAGGAUUUCAUCAAACCGUCAAACGUCGCUGAGAAUGCGUCUCGCCGCAGGGUGCUGUUUCAAGUCGGGCGUUCGGGGGUCUGGCAAAACACGCGCAGGCGCGCUACGAAGUUGGCGGUGGAGGACACUAUCGAGGUCCCGACGCCAGAUCGGGAGUGA